AGAGACCGGAAAGAGAAGAGGGAGAGACAUGAGUGAGAACCGCGCUGUGACUGUCACGUUAGAAAUUGGUAAAACACCAAGUUUAAUGGGUGUGAUAGUAGAUGUACUUGUAUACUGCACGAAGAGUGAGUUACAGACAUUUGACUAAGUUUACAGUGUGAAAGUUAAUGGUUUUGAGGAACUCGGUUAGAGUUUUCCACGAGGAGAAAGAGUGGACUGCUAAUCAGCACGAUUUAGUUACCAGGACUUUGCCAGCGAGUAGCCUGCUCGGCUGCCCUUUUGUGCAUCGUCUGAAGAAGCGCUUAUCUCCAGAACCAUCCUCUGCUUAGCUGUCGGACGACGUCUUCAAUCAUCAGCAUCGCAAACACUGCGUUGCCGUGGCGGGAAGGACGACGCGCCGAUCAGCAUUACUACAGCGUUUUUCACAUUUUGAAAUUAGUGCAUGGUUUAGGCCUUUUCCAUCCAGUCGACUUACUGGCAAAUAAGACCGCAUUAAGAAGGCAAACCCUGGAACAUGAUGGGACCUCUGAUUGUUCAUUUGCUUUUACAAGGUGUUCUGCUAUAUGAUACUUUGGCAUGGAGCGUGACAAUGCCGAAAGGCAUACGUGGCCUCCGGGGUUCCUGUCUGGUUAUACCAUGUUCUUUCUCUUACUCAUCAUACCCACCUGAAAACCCACGUAGAGUUGUGUGGUAUCAGUGGGUCUCUAAAGGUUAUCCUUUAGUUUAUGAUCCAUGGUAUCCAAAUGAUGUCAUUGAUAAGUUUAGAUGGAAAACGUCUUUAUAUGGGAACCCAUCAAAUUGGGAUUGCAGUCUGCUGAUCACAAACUUGGAACAGUCCCACGAUGGAGAGAAAUUAUACACAUGGAUUGACCCUGAAAAUGUUGGCUGGCGCACCUAUAAAUUUUAUGAUGUCACCUCUACAAUCCAUGUCGACAAUCAUCCAGAGCUCCCAGACAUCAAUAUUUAUGGAGGUGACAAGAUAGGUGACACCAUCACAGUAGCAUGUUCUACUUUACACUCGUGUCCGUACAGCAAACCAAACAUCAUUCUGAAUGGUAUUGAAGGAUGUGACAAAAUAAACAGCAAGCAUAUUAAAGACGGCUUGUGGAAAAUCACUCGGACAUGCACAAGUGUCGUAAAGGCAGAACGCUUGACUAUCAUGUGUUCUGUAACACAUCAUGGUGGCAUAACAGUGACAGCUACAAAGGUCAAAAGUGCACAUUGUGUUCAUCAAAAAAUAACGAUUGAGCCUGAACUGACAGAUUUCAAAGAGGGCGUCGCAAAGAACUUCGUUUGUUCCGUCUAUCACUCCUGCCAGAAAGAGACUCCAACCAUCACAUGGAACUAUGAGAACAUGCAGGUCUUAACAGGGAGCAAAACACUUUCUGGGUUAGGUCGGAUCACCUAUUCCAGCAUAACCUUUCUGGGUUCGAAACAAGACCAUGGGAAGAAACUGAUUUGCACUGCAAAAUUUUCUGGAGGAAACACUGAAACCUCAGUUGUUUUACACGUACAACCAAGCUCACAGCCGCCCAGCAUCAAUAUUUAUGGAGGUGAAAGAAUAGGUGACACCAUCACAAUAGUAUGUUCAGCUGUCCACUCGUGUCCAUACAGCAAACCAAACAUCAUUCUGAAAGGUAUAGAAGGAACUGACAAAAUAGACAAUGAGCAAAAUAAUGAUGGCCUGUGGAAAAUCAUUCUGACACGCACAGGUGUCAUAAAAACAGAAAGUUCAACUAUUGAGUGUUCUGUAACACAUCACGGUGACAUAACAGUGACAGCUACAAAGGUCAAAAGUGCACAUUGUGUUCAUCAAAAAAUAACGAUUGAGCCUGAACUGACAGAUUUCAAAGAGGGUGUCGCAAAGAACUUCGUUUGUUCCGUCUAUCAUUCCUGCCAGAAAGAGACUCCAACCAUCACAUGGAACUAUGAGAACAUGCAGGUCUCAAAGGGGAGCAAAACACUUUCCGGUUUAGAUCAGGUCACCUAUUCCAGCAUAACCUUUCUGGGUUCAAAACAAGACCAUGGGAAGAAACUAAUUUGCACUGCAAAAUUUUCUGGAGGAAACACUGAAACCUCAGUUUUUUUACACGUACAACGUGUUAUGAAGUAUGAUGUUUUGGGAUUGGAAGUGAGAAUGCCAAAAGACAUUCAUAGCCUCCAGGGUUCCUGUCUGGUUAUACCAUGUUCUUUCUCUUACACGUCAAACCCACCCAAAGACCCACGUAGAGUUGUGUGGUAUCAGUGGGUCUCUAAAGGUUAUCAUUUAGUUUAUGAUCCUUCGCAUGCAGGUGAUGUCAUUGAGAAGUUUAGAGGAAAAACUGAGAUAGCCCUUCUCUUUCUCCCCGAUGUCCGCCAGGUUCAGCCACAGAUGCCUCUCCGUGGUCACGUUUGCUUGGUGGCCCGAAGAGCGAGAUUCAUAGUGUGGUGCAGCUCUUCUACCGCUUCAGGGGACAGACCCUGCCCCUGAUCCAGAUCUUUCAGCAGGCCGGCCUGGUAGACCUGUAACACCACCAUGGUGUGUAAGGCCGCCCCGGCCUGACCCGCUGCCACGUAUGCCCUGCCCCUGGUGCCUGCCCCGUGACGAGAUAGUUCGGAAACGUCUUGUCAAUAGGAGGCAUCGACACAUACCCAUGCUGACUCAAUCCCUCAACAUCAGCAAAAUUCGCCCGCUGAUGUCGAUGAAUGCGAGCCGAAUAUGGGUUCUUCCAUGCCUUUUUGAUCUCAACAUGGAGAUCAGGAAGGAAUGGAAGGCUCACGGGGGCUGCUGGGUUAUGGCCAGAAAGGAACUGCUCGUCGAGCCGUCCGCGUGCGGACCCUUUCUUAACACGCUCCCAAGGCAGCUGCAGUCUGCCAGAAGCGCGUUCCAUAACCUCCAGCAGCUCCGCAUAUGCAGGGCAGGGAGGCUUUGAAGAUUCAGCAGGCUCACCUGCUUCCUCAUCAACAGCCAUCUCCUGCUUUCUAGGGCUAGACGCCAGAAGAGCACUCACUGCUGGAUCCGAUGACGUCAAUGAAAGGACGUCAUCGUCAUCCAACAGCUCAUCCUCACCAGCCGCUGGGGGCUGAGAGAGAUUUACACCUCUCUCAAACUCCUCAGCGAGCUCCACCUGCGAGCCCCAUGAUUUCAGCCACCGCUCUGCCUCAGCACGAACGGGGCCAGAACCACCAGGCACAGAUGCUGACACCUCUUCCCUCGAGAAGAGUGCCAAAUGAGAACGGAGCGUCCUCAUAGGGAGACGCUCACAGUUAACACAGACAGUGUCCUCAAGCACUGUCCAUGCGUGCUCCUCUCCCAGACAGAAAACGCACAGAUUGUGUGUGUCACUGGGUGUCAAAAACCUGGGACACGGGUCAGCACACGUUUGUCAGACAUGAUAUAAAGUUUCCUUACCAGAUUCAAUGAAAUCGCGAUCAGACAAAACAGUCCCGAAAGACGAAAAGAUACUGACUGCUUCACUGGCAGCUCCUUUAUACUUGCAGGCCGCGUCUUGAUGACGUCAUAGGCUGUCGCCAGCCAAUAGGAUUGGAGAGAUUUGAUACUUUGCUUUCAGACAAGUGACGAGUGACGUUCCCCAUAUGCAGUAAACGCAGUGUAGAGUUCUCUUUCGAAAGGGAACAGACAUUUGAUGCAGUUUUACUUACCACCUGCAGUUCAGAAUCAUGACCGGAAUCUUUUACCGCUGUGACCACUCCAUCUUUCAGUUUCAAAUGAUCUGCAAAUCUAGCGUUGAACUGGGCCUUGUUUAUAAAACCAUAAGUGCCGAUCCUGAGGGCUCAAGCAGCUACAGAAAACACGAGAUAUUCUCCAUUCAUUUUAACCAAUAAAAAAUUGAAAAUAAAAAAACAUGAUGAGUGAUCUGUCGUCUCCCUCUGAACGAAGUCCAAUCUGAUAGUUCUCAGAAAAUGAACUGUAACUUAGUGAAUACUAAUCACAAAAAAGUCAGGUUUUAAAUCGUGUAAGUCAAAUCAAAAACAAAAAUUCUGUGUUUAUGUAAUCUGUAUGAAAAGAGACACAUGUCAGAAGUCCGUGAUUCAGCUCAUUAUCCAGGAAUGCGGCCAUGCCCACCUAGCGAGCGCUAUUCAGAUGCAAAUUCUGAGGCAAUACAUGUAUACAUCGUCUCAAUCGUGUAUUUAUUGUCUUGAAAAGUGUUUAUCUGUAUGUUAAAGCCAUGGUCAGAGACCUCUGGAAGACAUGCCGUUAGUUCCUGGAAUGUCCUGUUCUUCUUUAGAUUAAUUUGUGGACUAAAUGUGCACAGAGCGCCCUCCGGCUGCAAGUAUGAAUUGAAAACACAGUAUCCAGCGUUCAUAGUGAUAACAAUAAAUAUUGAAGAAAUAUUACUCCUCUGUACAGAAAAUUGACAUAAACAUAUGAGAAUCCAUCAAUAUUUCUCCAAAUGUGCAUGCUUUUAAGCUAAAAGGCUAUAUGAAAUGCCACAGAGGUAACAUGAAUGUUCAGACGCUUUACAUCACAGAAAUACAUUAUAUGUUAAAGUAUAUAAUAGAAUACCAUUAUUUUAAAUUGUAAUAAUAUUUCACAGUAUUGCUGUUUUUUCUUUAUGUUUGAUAUACACCAUGAUGAGCUUGAGACAUGAUCACAGAGGGUUUUUUCCACAGCCUACCUGACUGAAAGGCCUCAUUAUUAUGCAGGUCAUUAGAGGUCUUUAUGCGAUUCUCUUGUCUUCUCAGGUGUGAAUUACCUCAUUAUUCAUGAUGAUUCACGCCUCCACGCAUACUGUGUUUCCUGACAAAAAGUGUCUUACAAAAACUAAAUCAAUAUAUUGUUUUAUAUGAACGAGUAGGCAGGAUACUUUUUUACAUAAUUUUGAAGCAAAAACUCUAGUCUACAACCUCCAAUACCCAGAAGUCUUGUGAACACAGAUUUAAUAUAUAUUUUUUGGCUUUAUUUCAGUGACUUAAGUUUUUUUUUUUUUUUUUUUUAAUAACCAUGCAUAAAUGUUAUUCCUUCAAAAACACAAACAUGUACAUGUUCCUCACAUAUUAUUGUAGCCUAGUUUGUGCUGAAUACAGUGUAAUGACACUUUUUCCAUUAAUAUGUUUAUGAACAACUGAAAAAAGCACAAAUGUCGGGGCAUGUCAAAACUUCUCCAGGGCCCCGAAAAUCCUCAGACCCCAGAGGGUUACGGCGGUUUCUAUGGUUAUUUUAAUGACAAAUGUCAAGAGCACAUCAAUGUAAUGCGUGAGCACAAAUCUCUCAGCUCCGCUUAACGCUGGGUUGUUUGGGAAGCAAAGUUAUCUUUCCCUCACAACCAAAAACACACUUCUUUGAUGACAUUGUUGAUUUUGUGGUCUAAAAACAAAGUGGUAAAUUCUUUCUCGAUCAAGUCAUGUGUAACUUCCGUAACCCGAAUGAGGUACGUUGAUGGCGAAGUUUCCAUACAAGGAAUUCCACCCUUUAUUUCAUACUCGAAAAAAAACUUUCCAAAACAUGUAGGACAUCUGAAGGAGUGUAUUUGGCACAGAAAUACUCUAUCAUACGUCCAACUCAUUUUUUGAAACUUUGGCCAUGUUUAGCAAGAGAAUCCAACUCUUUAACAGUGUAAAUAAGUCAGAAUGCAUGAAAUAGAAUUAGACCCUCCUUUAAGGAAUGAUCAGAAGCAAUUACAAACCAAAACUAUUUAGGUAUAACAAAAAAAUACAACAUAAAAUUUUAUGUUGUGUUUAGGCAGUUGCUAUUGGAGGCAGUAACGUAAGAGAGAUUAAAAUGCAAAGUCAUAAUAAAUGAUAAUAAUAAUAAUAAAUGCAAAUAAAAAUAUUGAAUACAUUAGUACUCCACUAGGUGGAAACAAGUGACUGUUUAUAAAUGAAUUCUUCAUUAAAUCAUUCAUUCAAGAGUCGUUCAAAAUGGUGGAUCAUCCAUUAACUAAACAAGUAUUUAUGAAUAAAACACUGAAUUAAUUAAUUUUUAAAAAGUGAUUGAAUGAAUGAUUCAAAUUAAUAUAAUUUUAGCUGCCCGAAUGUAUUUAAUCGUGAUCACUAUUUAAAAAAAAUAAAGUAAACAAAACUGAUUGUCAGUUUAUCCUGAAUUAUGAGGCUCUAAUUAGAAGGUAAAUGUCUUUUCAUCUGUGUUUUGUACCUGAGUGUGAGAUGCUGCUAUUGCUAAUAUUAGCUGUAUAUGGUGCAUUAUAGCAAGACUCGCGGCUGGGAGAGUUAAACACAGUGCAUUCCUUCAGAUUAAUGCCAUGUUAAAGCAAAUGUUUCAUCAUAUUAGAGGAAAUUCCUCCCUUGCACGAAAUAUCUUUACCACAUAUACUGCAUUUGGCUAUACUAUCAUCUUUUUUCACAAAGUUUAACCAAACUUUUGAACGUUUGCUGCGGUCAGUUCUAGUGCCGAUUGUAAUGAGCGGCGCAUGUGCAUAAUGAGAUAAGGUCCUUGUCGCAGGUCCUGGCAGAUAGAUACAAAUGUAAAAUGUUCACCGCCGUUCGCCGUGCGAGAAUUACUGAAAAAAGUCAAGAAUCAACAAACAGAAUCGAAAUGUGCGCAUCGUAUUGAAUCCCCGGUUCAUUGAAAUUUGGAACCGGUUCUAAAAUGGAACUGGUUCUCGUUACUCAACCCUAUUUGUGUCUCUCAGAUGGCUCUCUUUCUACAGUCUUUCUUCAAAUCUCCCUCUUGCUUUCUCUCUCUCCUCCCCCAUCAUAAGUGGACACGCCGCCUACUGCUAAUUUGCUACAAGUCGCUUACUGCUCCUUUAAUAACAUAUUUUAUCAAAAAGACAUUCCUCACUCCCUCUCUAAAGUAGCUGUCAGCAGAUCAACUCAAUUUAAUUCAACUCAGUAUCAGCAGAUAUUUAAUAUUAAUUGACUCGGAUUGGAUCUGAAGGGGAAAAAAAAAAAAAAAAAAAAAAAACUUGAUUGGGACAUCCCUAGUUUUUUUUUUUUUUUAAACUUUAUUGCACAUGAAGCAGAUGAAAAGUUGAUAGCAGGCAAUACAAUGUUUUUUCAAGCACAUCCUAACAAUGGAAAUGUCUCUUUAGAUAUCGUAACUACUUGAAUUUCUAGCAGACAAAUAUGGGAAUAAUACAUGUAUGCAAUCGAGAUCUGAGACAAUAAAAUACUGUGAACACUUAAGCCACAUGCAUUUUUCAUUAUUUUAAAGAUAGCACAAGCAUAAUUUUCAAGUAAUACAUUUCACAAAAACAUUUAUUUGACUUUAAAACACAAGGUAUAUGAUUUGUGGAUUGAUUAAGUUUUUUUCUUUCUUUCUGGAAGUUGGAAUGCCAAGAGAGA